GGCUGGGACAAGGUCAAGAACAAGGACAGCAUAUAAGCGCGCAUGCCUGCCAGAGCCUUGCGCGCCAUGCGAUUGCGACUAUACUGCUGCCGCUGAGGCUUGGUCCGGACGGGCGACGACUGCGCAAUUGGAUUGCUGUGUGUAUAGCCAACGCCUCCGCACUAUCGAAUACUAUCGAAAGAAACCGCGACUCCUCGGAUCCGAGAUGUCGGCAAAAGCCCCCUCGACAACCGGCACAACCACCGGCUUCCUCUCCUUCAACUCCCGCCCGCCCCGCCUCUACAUCACUUCCGCACGCGUGCACGCCCCGGAAUCCACGCUCCUUGCCUGGCAAGCCGAAGGCUUCGAAACGACAUACAUACCGUUCGACCGCUCACAACAAGCUGCCUACAUCUCCACCAUCAAAAACCUGCACAAAGAUCUCGCCAUCGGCGAAACCUACGCCAUCCUCGCCUAUGGCGACGCCGCGACCGCCGUGCUCAAGACCGCGCAGAAACCCCUCCCACGAUGCUGCGCCGUGCUCGCGUUCUACCCCAGCGUGCUGCCCAGCGCGGGCUACAAGUUCCCUUCCAUGCUGCGCGUGCAGAUCCACGUGUCGGGGCAGCAGAACAGCCCUCGUCCUGAGAUGUGCGAGUGGCAGCUGUACCGCUACGAGAAGAGCAAGAUUGGGUUCGCGGAGCCCGACGCGCCUGCGUAUGAGCGUGUGGAGGCGGAGCUGGCGUUUAGCCGUGCGUUGGCGGGCGCGCGGAAGGCAUUCAAGACCGAGGCUGAUAUUGAGAGUGUCACGCAGGCGGCGUGGAGCGCGAAGUAUGAGGAGGAGGUUCCUGAGCGGGGGAGUAUGGGAGUCGUGCAGGGGAUGAGUCAGAAUAGUGCGCAUGUUACUAUUGUGCCGACGCUGGAGGGCGGGGUGGGGAGGAAGAAGUUGGAGGAGUUCUAUAGGGAGUUUUUCAUCCCGAGUUUGGUGGAGGACUUUGAGAUUAGACUUGUGAGUAGGACGGUUGGGGUGGAUCGCGUGGUAGAUGAGAUGGUGAUGAGCUUCACGCACUCGGACGAUGUGGACUGGAUCCUGCCUGGCGUGCCACCGACGAAUAAGUUCGUGGAGGUGGCGGUAGUCAGUAUAGUGGCUGUAAGAGGAGGGAAACUGAUCAGUGAGCAUAUGUAUUGGGACCAGGCUAGUGUGUUGGUGCAAGUUGGACUGCUGAAUCCGAACGUUGUGCCAAAUAAGCUGAAGAGCCAGGGAUUGAAGAAGAUGCCAGUCGUGGGCGUGGAAGGUGCAAGGCAAAUCUUGGAUGUGAAGCCAGAGCGAUACAACAAGUUACUCAAAGAGCAUGGACUUCUGAAUGGUAUGGCUGCACUGAACAUCAAUGGUGUGAACGGAACCAAAGGGGCGUGAGAUUGGAUGACUGCUUCAAGAAGUGCUGUAGUAUGUCUUGUGGGCAGAGAGUGCGUCGCGCAACUGUUUAGGUCCAGAUUUUGGCCAUGUCAAGUCGGAGACACUGAGGCUUAUGAGUCCACGAAGGGCUAUUGCAUGGGAAAUACAACUGGGUGUUCGACGGCUCGAAUACCAGGAAAGCUUGUUGCCGGCCCAAUCUUGACACGAAAGGUUAUUAUGUUUAAUAGAGUAAAUAUCAACCCGAUUGUAUUCAGCUCAUGAGAUGCAGUACG